GAGAGGUGGAGAGAGAGAGAGAGUUUUGGUGCUUCCAAAGGCCUAGAGAGGGUAUUUUGGUGCUUGGAAAGAGAGUUUUGGUGCUCCCAAAGGCCUGGAGAGAGAGUGUUUUGGUGCAGAGAGAGAGAGUUGGUGCCUCGAAAAGCUUGGCGGUCAUCUUACCAGUCCUGGUUUCCGAGACUACUUUUUGAGAACACCCAACUUAACUUGGAUUUCAUGGAUUUCCUUGAGAGAGGGGACACUCUUAACAAUGGUUGGCAUGUUGUUGUAGAGUUGUGUUAGUCGAAUAACAUGGGGAAGAAGAACUUGCAAAAGGGAGAACCCAAUGAGCAAAGGGACGGAGACCACUGCAAAUCCAUGGUUUUUGUAACCAACUUGUCGUAUUCACUUUCAUCCUCAGAGUUAGAGCAAGCUUUCAGUGAUGUGGGUCCUGUGAGGCGCUGCUUUUUGGUUAAAACGAAAGGAUCGGAUGAGAACCGAGGGUUUGGAUAUGUUCAGUUUGCCGUCAUAGAAGAUGCUGGUCGUGCCAUUCAACUAAAGAAUCACUCUGUAAUGGGUGGAAGAAAAAUUAGGGUGGAAUUUGCCAAACAGCGAGUACCCCGUGAAUUGCGCCAGUCAGUAGCAAGUCAAGAUGAUGAUUUGCAAAAGGUCCAUCCAAAAGAUUCUGGUGGUGAUCUUGAGGACAAGAGCAUGUCGCAGAAGAGCAAAAUACCUAGAAAAUCAGAAGGUUCUCUGCAACAAAUGGAUGCUUCUGGCAAUAAACUUGUGAACAAAGGAGAUGGUUCUGAAAAGCAGAGGGUUGCUAAAACCGUUGUAUUUGGUGGGCUUGAUGGUGCUGAGAUGGCUGAAGAAGUGUUUCGAUGUGCUGGGGAAAUUGGUUCUGUUUGUUCUAUUGCUUCGCUUUUGAAACAAGAUCUUGAAUUCCAUGGACUUGGCAAAGAUGGCUGUACUAUGGAUGCUUCAUCUGUACUCUUCACUAGCGUCAAAGAAGCACGUGCGGCUGUUGUCUCUUUGCAUCAACGGGAGAUCAAGGGUAAAUGUGUUUGGGCACGCCAACUGGGUGGGGAGGGAUCAAAGACAAGGAAAUGGCGGCUAAUUGUUCGAAAUUUGCCUUUCAAGAUUACAGUGAAAGAGAUUAAAGAUGUAUUUUCAAAAGCCGGUUAUGUGUGGGAUAUAUUCAUCCCCAAAAAUACUGGUGAAGGUGGAUCAUCCAAGGGAUUUGCAUUUGUCACCUACACAUGCAAGCAAGAUGCAGCAAAUGCGAUCAGUAUGUGUAAUGGACACAAAAUUGGGAAAAGACCUGUUGCUGUUGAUUGGGCCCUUUCGAAGAAGAUCUAUGAUUCUGCGGCUGUAUUGGAUGAAUCCAAGGAACAAGGACAGCAGAAUGAUACUUAUGAAAACAAUGGUGAUUCGGCUAGUGAGGAUAACAUAAGUGAAAGCUUUGAAGCUGAACCUUCCGAAGAUCUUCCUGAGCAUAGUGAAGAUGAAUCUAGUCCAAGAGAAAUGCCGUCUGAGAAGGAGAUGGACAUUACGAAGAAAGUUCUUGAGAAUAUCAUCAAGUGCAAUGCAAAUGGAAAUCAAGCUCUUGCCAGUAAAGAGAACUAUUCUCUUGAGGCCAGUAAAGAUCCAAGUGUUGCAAGGUCAGGAAACAAGUUAUCUGCCAGUGUUGGUAAGGUUAGUGGUACCCUUAACCCUGAGAGUUUGAAAAAAAGAGAAGAUCCAGGUCAUGAUCCUACUGAAGAACUCAAGAGAACCAUUUUCGUGAGUAACCUGCCAUUUGAUGUUGAAGGUGAACAUGUUAAACAACAGUUUUCUGUAUUUGGGAAAGUGCGAAGUUAUCUUGUGGUUCUCCAUCCAGUAACAAAGCGCCCAAAGGGAACUGCUUUUAUCAAGUUUGAAACACCAGAGGCAGCUGAUGCAGCAAUUUCAACUGGCAAUGCAGAGACUGGCUCGGGGAUUCUUAUGAAGGGAAGGCGUCUUACUGUUUUGAAGGCAUUAGACAAGAAGUCAGCCCAUAAGAAGGAGUUGAAUAAGAUAAAGAAAGAAGAACAUGACCAACGAAAUCUUUACCUUACAAAGGAAGGUGCAAUUCUUGAGGGUACGCCUGCUGCUGAAGGAGUUUCGAAGGAUGAUCUGUUGAAGCGCCAAAAUUUAGCUGAGAAAAAGGCUAUUAAAUUACAAAAUCCGAUUUUCCAUGUUUCAAGAACUCGGCUCAUUGUUUACAAUGUGCCAAAAGAAAUGACAGAGAGUGAAUUGAAGAGGCUUUUCAUUGAAGCUGUUCGUUCUCGAGCGUGCAAACAAAGUCCUGUGGUUCGACAGGUUAAACUUCUAAAGGAUACCAAGAAAUCAAAUGUUAAUAGAAAGGAUAGAGCACGUGGAGUGGCAUUCAUUGAGUUUAGUCAACAUGAACAUGCACUUGUGGCCCUGAGAGUACUUAACAAUAAUCCUGGAACAUUUGGUCCCGAGCAUCGCCCUAUUGUUGAGUUUGCUCUUGAAAAUGUCCACACAUUAAAGAAACGAAACUCCAAGUUACAGUCGCAGCAGGACCAUACCAGUAAACUGCAGGAUGAGAGAGAGAAAGCUAUUGACCACAUCAGUAAAACACAGGAUGAGGGAGAGAAAACAAUGGAUGGAAAGGGUAGAUCAAGAAGGCAAUUUUCCAAGUUGAGCCAAAGAAAAGCAGGCGCACAUGCUAGUGAGCCAUCCAUUGAUGAAAAAGUCAUGGAAUCUAAAACUAAGAGAGCUUCUGCAGUUGCAGCCAGUUUUGAAGUAAUGCCUCCUAAGAGAAGGAAAAAUGGUUUAGAAGAUGGUGGGGAUGGUGCCAAAGCAAAAAAACAGAGAAAAGUAUCAAGUAGAAAGGAGAUGGAGGACAAACCUGAGAGAGAUGAUACCAAAAUGAAGAAACAGAGAAGAGUGUCAUCAGGCAAGAGGGAAAUGGGGGACAUUCUUGAGAGAGAUGCCACCAAAGCGAAAAAAAGGCGAAAAGCGUCAUCCGGUGAAAGGGAAAUGGAGGACAAACUUGAUGAGCUUAUAGAACAAUAUCGGUCCAAAUUUUCAUCACGCCCGAGCAAUAAUAAGAGUGAUGCAAAUACUCAACCUGGAGAGAUCAGGAGAUGGUUUCAGUAAAUUCUGUGCCCACUGGGAGCAGAUCAGAUGGUUGUUUAUCAGUAUUUCCACAAGAGAGAGAGAGAUAGAUAGAGAGAGAGAGAGAGAGAGAGAGCCCUAUUUCGGAAAAUAUCCUUGCAAGUUAAAGGAAUUAACUCUUGGUUUUCAAGGGCAGUAGUAUUAUCUUUAUCUAUAGAGAGAGAGAGAGAGAGAGCCCUAUUUCGGAAAAUAUCCUUGCAAGUUAAAGGAAUUAACUCUUGGUUUUCAAGGGCAGUAGUAUUAUCUUCAUCUAUCUCCCUUUUCUAUAUGCUUUGGGAGAUUGUGUGGAAAACAGGGGUCUUAAAUACCCGAGAUUUGUUUUAUACCAUAUGGUAGUGGACCUUCCCUCGCUUUAGAAGUGCUGUGUUUUAAUUAAGAUUCAUGUACCAUAAUAUACUUUUGAACAAGUGAGAGGCCUGAUUUAAGU